CGACAUUUCUUACUCUAAUAUUAAAAUAAAUGAAUAUUGGUUUGGUCAAAUUUUAUGAUCCAAAAAGGUUGCUUAAUUUGCAAUUAUUCAUAAAAGGCAACAUUUUUAACUACUCUCCUACAACUUUUUUUCAUUCAACAAUCAAACAGAGAAACAUAGAGAGAGAGAGAGAGAGAGAUACAUACAUAUACAUGAAACAACAAUUAGUUACUAUUGGAAGCAGGGGUUGAUGAAGAUGUGGAAAUUAUUUAGAUCAGAACAAGUUCUGGGUUUGAGUUUAUGUGCUCUUUGUGUUUUAGUUUUGCCUUUUGCAGCUGAAGCUCAAAAUCAAUCUCAGCCAACUACUGAUCCUGCUGAAGUGAGAGCAUUGAACUCAAUAUUUGAAGACUGGGGAAUAACAGCCCGACAGGACCAAUGGAACACAACGGGUGAUCCAUGCAGUGGAGCGGCCCUCGACUCUGACUCCACCGACAUCGACAACGUUGCUUACAACCCUUUCAUCAAGUGCGACUGUUCUUUCAGCAAUGGUUCUACUUGUCAUAUCACCCGCCUGAAAGUUUAUGCACUGAAUGUCGUGGGUGUGAUCCCGGAUGAGCUCUGGACUUUGACCUUUCUUACCAAUCUGAGACUGGGCCAGAAUUACUUGACAGGUCCCCUUUCAACUUCCAUUGGCAAUCUAACUCGAAUGCAAUGGCUGGACAUUGGCAUUAAUGCAUUAUCAGGGGAGCUCCCAAAGGAGAUAGGAUUGCUUACUGAUUUACAAUCAUUUGCCUUUGGCACUAAUAACUUCUCCGGCCCUCUACCAUCUGAGCUUGGCAACUGUUCAAUGCUGCAACAACUUUAUUUUGAUAGUUCUGGGGUAAGUGGUGAGAUCCCUUCAACAUUUGCUAAUCUGCAGAACUUAGAGACGGUAUGGGCAUCAGAUACUGAACUUACUGGGAGGAUACCUGACUUUAUAGGAAAUUGGUCAAAGCUUACUGUCUUGAGAUUUCAAGGGAACUCUUUUGAAGGUCCUAUACCUUCAACAUUUGCCAAUCUUACUUCUCUGACAGAGUUGAGAAUAAGUGGUUUAUCUAAUGGAAGUUCUCUAGCAUUCAUAAAGGAUAUGAAGUCCUUGGGUGUCUUGGAUCUAAGGAACAAUAAUAUUUCUGGUACAAUUCCAUCCAGUAUGGGAGAAUACCAGAGUUUGACACAGCUGGAUUUAAGCUUCAAUAAUAUAACUGGACAGAUCCCAGAUUCACUUUUUAAUUUGAGUUCACUCACUCAUUUAUUUCUUGGAAAUAAUAAGUUGAAUGGUACACUUCCUGCAGAAAAGAGUUCAUCUCUUCGCAAUAUAGAUGUGUCGUACAACAAUUUAGCUGGGAACUUUCCCUCUUGGAUCUCUGAGCCAAAUUUAUUAAUUAACUUAGUUGCCAACAACUUCACAAUAGGGGAGUCAAACAGCAGUGUUUUGCCAUCCGGACUGAGCUGCCUUCAACGUAAUUUUCCUUGUAAUCGAGGAUCUGGAAUCUAUUUUAACUUCUCAAUUAAUUCUGGUGGUCAACAAAUUACAUCAUCAGAUAGUAUUCUGUUUGAGAGAGACAACGAGACACUUGGUCCGGCGUCAUAUUAUGUUACCAACACAAAUAGGUGGGCAGUCAGUAAUGUUGGAUAUUUUACUGCGUCCAAUAAUCCUCAGUACAUUAUUACUUCAGGAUCUCAGUUCACAAACACCCUAGACUCAGAGCUAUUCCAGACAGCACGGAUCUCUGCUUCCUCACUAAGGUACUAUGGAUUGGGGCUUGAAAAUGGCAACUAUACUGUUAGGCUUGAAUUUGCAGAAACACAAAUUGUAGAAACCAAUAGAUGGGAAGGUCUUGGGAGGCGUGUUUUUGAUAUUUAUAUCCAGGGGAGUCGUGUUUUAGAGGAUUUUGACAUACGGAGGGAAGCAGGUGGUGUUUCUAGACGAGCAGUUACAAGACAGUUUACGGCUGUGGUAUCGGAAAACUACCUCGAAGUUCAUCUGUUUUGGGCUGGAAAAGGGACUUGCUGUGUUCCAGUUCAAGGUACAUAUGGACCAUCCAUUUCAGCAAUUAGUGCUACCCCAGAUUUCAUACCUACUGUUAGUAAUAAUGCUCCAACCGGCGAGGAGAGUAGAACAGGUUUGAUUGUGGGAAUUGUUGUUGGUGUUGGAGUUGUAUGCCUACUUUCUAUUGCAGCUUUCUUCAUUUUUAGGAGACGAAGAAGGGUCCCUAUGAAGGAUGAUGAAGAGUUCCUGGGGAUUGAUGCUAGACCCUACACUUUCAGUUAUGCUGAACUUAAAGCUGCUACAGAGGAUUUCAGUCCUGCAAAUAAGCUUGGAGAGGGAGGGUUUGGGCCAGUCUAUAAGGGAAGACUUGAUGAUGGAAGAGCAAUUGCUGUCAAGCAAUUGUCUGCAGUAUCCCGGCAAGGCAAGAGCCAGUUUGUUACUGAAAUUGCCACUAUAUCCGCUGUGCAACACCGUAGCCUUGUCAAACUAUAUGGUUGCUGCAUUGAGGCAGAACAACGUCUCCUCGUUUAUGAGUAUCUGGAAAACAAGAGUCUAGAUCAAAUAUUGUUUGCAGGAAAAAGUUUGGAUCUCAACUGGUCAACACGCUAUGAUAUAUGCUUGGGAGUAGCACGCGGUUUAGCUUAUCUUCAUGAAGAAUCAAGGGUUCGCAUUGUGCACAGAGAUGUCAAGUCCAGUAAUAUUUUGCUUGAUUCUGAUCUCACCCCAAAAAUCUCCGAUUUUGGUCUAGCCAAACUUUACGAUGAUAAGAAGACCCACAUAAGUACCCGUGUUGCAGGGACAAUUGGAUAUCUUGCACCAGAGUAUGCCAUGCGUGGGCACCUUACAGAGAAGACUGAUGCGUUUGCCUUUGGUAUCGUGUGUCUAGAGAUUGUUAGUGGAAGACCUAAUGCUGACUCAGGAUUGGAGGAACAGCAGAUGUACCUUCUUGAAUGGGCUUGGCACCUGCAUGAAGCAGAUCGGGAAGUUGAACUGGUAGACAGUAAUUUAUCAGAAUUCGACGAGGAAGAAGUGAAGCGUGUUAUAGGAAUCGCUCUUUUGUGCACUCAGACAUCACCACUGCAGAGGCCAUCCAUGUCUCGUGUCGUGGCUAUGCUUUCAGGAGACACAGAUGUGAGCAGGGAGGUUUCAAAGCCUGGAUACUUAACCGACUGGAAAGUCGAUGACACAAGCAGCUUUAUAAGUAAUGAGGCAACUAGAGCAAGUGAUACCAGCUACGGUAGUACAAGCAUAGCAGCUGGUGCAGAGAAUUCACCAGUAAACCUUACAAAACCUAUGCUCCAUAGUAUCAUUGGGGAGGGAAGAUGAGACUUUCGCCCUUCAUAUCAUAUUAUUAUUAUUCUUCUGCUGUAAAUCUAAAUAACUCGUAGAUUCUUGAUUGGCUUUACUACUACUUCCAAAGUAGAAAUUAGAAGUUUUGCCUUUGUUUAUACUGGUGAAGGGAUACGGAUAAUGAAGUUUGGGGAGAAAGUCAUGAAUUUGUGUAGCUUGUAUAUAUGUAUAUGUCAACGAUGGCGGUAUGGCCAUUGAUUUUAUUAAGUUGAAUGAAAUGAGUAAUUGAAUCCAUCACUUAAUCAA